GGAAGGAAAUACGUUACAAAAGAUGAGUUAGUUAUAGCUAACGCUAGCUAUCAGUCACUUUGAAUCUAUGGAUAUAGACUCAAUUCGUGAUACUGAUGCUAGCUAUUCUUCCGACACCCUGGCCUGUUUUAGUAGGAUUUGAGGCAAGCUAUUAGAGCGUCGUGAUGAAGUUUCUAGGCCUAUGUUUUUUGUUUUGGAGCUCAUACCGAAUGGUUUUAUGUCACCGGAGUGAUCCCCGCUGCUUUAUACAUAAUAAACAUGUAACGGUAGGUUCUAUAGUAUCGCUUGAAUGUGCAUCAAAUACAGUCGUAAGAACGUUGACGCUGACGAAAGAUAGUACGAUAUUAAGCUCUUUUGCUUUUGCAAAAGCUGUGUUUUACGAUUAUGUGGUGAAGAAGGGGGAUCACAACAGUAAUUUUACCUGCAUACAAACAUCAAUAAUUGAUGGAAACAUACGAAGCUGUUCAGUUACGUUGACAUUAUUCAGUCCAGUGGUGCAAAUUCAACAAUCCGACACGGCAUAUGUCGGAUCAAAUAUAACACUUAGCUGUACAGGUACUGAUAUACAAGGUGUGUAUUCCAACACUUCGUGGAAUAUACCUAUUUAUUUUCUUCACCCUAUAAUUCGGGCGGUUGUGGAUAAGGAGAGAUCACACGUUCUGAAACUUUUUAAUAUCAAAGAAAAUGACGACCGGUUUGGAUUUACUUGUUCAUUACGAUCAACAGAAGGAAUUUGGAAAGCAAGCAAGACUUUGGAAAUCUCCUCAUAUAAUGUUGUUGCAGAAAAUAUCACUGAUAUGACACCUGUCGAUGGGACUACUACAACUCUGUUACCGCAAGCUGAUGAAGGAAAAAUAAUCACCACGACAUUUAAAACACCGUUGCCACAGGACGACGGAUCAAAGAAAACGGUGAAAAUAAACGUAUCAGAUAAACAUAAUACAACUACAAAUAUUGAGAUUUCGACGGACUCUACAGAAGGUUUCCAUAUUCCUUCCUUCUGGGUGAUGUUUAUCUCGGCAACAGUUGGAUUUACUAUUUCAGUAUUGUCUGUAUAUAUACUUAUUCGAUGUAUUUGCUCAAGUAAACAACGAAGAGGACUGAACGCAGAUGGAAAAUGUAAGUGGGUCUUUAAGAAAGGACAUGCUGAUCAUUCUAACCACUAUGCCACAACAAUACCACGGAGUGAACACGGUAGCUUUAGCUCAAACAAAGCUAAUGGCAUUACAAAUUUUUAUAUUACAUACAACAAUGAUAUUCAUAGAUAUGACUCAAUCAAAUGUGAUGACUAUUUAGAACCCAUUGCUAGGCCGUCAUUCCAUGAAAUUUUGGCGAAUGGAGAAAGCAUCCCGACACUACAAAUUUACACGAACCCUCGCAAAAUGCAAGAAGGGACUCAAAACUACCAGGGAAAUAAUGAGUAUUUGGAACCUAUCGUUCACAAACAACUCAAUAACAAAAGUGUAACCGAUACAGUUUAUUCGGUACCAUUUGCAGACUAAUGUAAUGUAAUAGCUGCAUGUAAUAUUGUUAGAAUGUAAUGUAGUAGGGCUCUGUUGAUUGUCACUUUACAGCGGAAAUAAGAUAUUUCAAUCGAUGAGUGGGUGACUUCAAAGCAGGAAGUUAGUAAAGCAACUCAAGACACCUUAAAUGUUUCGUUCGGGAGAUAGUUUAGGAAUCAUGUUAGAAAAUACCUCUAAAUUAAAAAACAACAAUAACUCAUACAUGCAAAGAGGUUUAAAUAAUAUGCAUUAUAUAAAAAAUGCCUAGGCCUAUAUUGAUUCUAGUAGAUUGUCAACAUUUCAUAAAUCUCGGAGUUAAUCAAUCUCAAAAGAAAUUGCCUCGGAAGUAAAAACAUUAAUCAACAGAAAUCCUGCUUCACAAAAAUUCCCUAAAAUGUACCAGACUUAUGGAUGUUUUGUUUAGCAAAGUGAAAGGAGAAGGGACAUUCUUCUCAUGAAUUGCAAGUUGUUUUACAAGACUGUAGUUUAUUGAGUUAAUUUUGUCAUUCCUUAUCAGGGUCCUUUCCCGUGAUUCACCCUUCCAGUUAGGAUGUCAGGCUAAUAUCUUUGUCCUAUUAAAGAAACUAACUUAAGAAUAUUCUUAAAGAUAUAGUGUUUCUUGACAUGUUAAAAAAUAUAAUUUUGAAAUUAACUUUGUCAUUUUGGAGUAACAUACAAAUUAUUAACUUGAGCAAAGAAAUUAUUGCAUUCUAAAAAUGUGUAUUCUGAUUUUAUACUGGAUAAUUAUAAUAAAACACUUCCAGUGACUUCCAUCAUCUUUUGCUGUAAAAUUAUGGGUAAACAUUUUUUUUAAAUAUACCAAUUUCUAUGUUCAACUUGGUAAUGUUUAUGUUGCCAGAGUCAAAAUUAUCAGUAUUGUUUUUUUUUUUUGAUAUUUUGCAUGUGACAAUACAUCUUACUCCAACAAUAGGUAAAGGAAUCUAUUUCGCACGACUAUAGGUACUGGCCCAUGCAUUGGUAGUUGCUAAAUACAACGGGUUCAGCCGAGUGCGCGUGGCUUCGUAUGUUGACGUCAUGCAUAAUUUUAGCUAUAGUUUGUCAUUCAGUUAUAACUUAUAGUUCAUCCUCGACUCGACACAAAGUGGGCACUGUCUGUAAUCACACAGCAUAGCAAAACACAGCAAAUUAUUCCUCCAUGGUACAACCAAUGUAAGAAAAAAUAAGUUGACAUCCCUGUGUGAUUUUCUUUCCAAAAUUAGGAUCCCUGGAAUAUUAUCAAUUUAUGGAGUAGCAGCAGCAGCACAAACUGAGCAUCAGCCCGCUCGCUGACGUCACAUUGACCCGCACAUCAGUCAAACACAGUGUGUGAUGUUUUAAGUAGACGGUAUACGACGUGUCACCAGACAAGCCACGCCCCUCGGCUGAACCCGUUGUAUUUAGCACCUAGCCUUCGGAACGUAGGUCUCGGUUUCCAUUCCUGCCACCGGCAAUCCACAACCGAUUAAUGGAAUGGAUAUUAUUUAGCAAUAACUAAAUGUAGAAACCUUUCAAUAUGACUCUUAGCUGAUUUUCACCCAGACACAACCAGACUCCCCGACUCAUGGCGAUAAUCCUACUGAUGAAAUGGCAUUACCAUAACAACUUGAGUCACUUUAGCUAAGAGUCAUCAAAUAAUUGUAUGUAUGCUUUUAUUUCUGAACAGGAAAUAGGCAUAUGCAAAAACGGAUAUCCAAAAUUAAGACUGAAUGUGUUAAAUAAAUAGGCUUAACGUAUAGGAUCAUGUGUCGACAUUUAUACGUCGAUAUAUAAAUAUUAUACAUAAAUUAAAAUUAUAUACAUAUAUUAUAUUUACAGUACGUGCAACCGCCAUAUUGUUUGUUAUAUUAUAAAUAAAUUGUGAACGUUUUCUUUAUUAUACAAUGAUUUUAAUAUUUAUUUAUAUAAUAUUCGAGAACUAUUUAUAUUAUUUACAGUACCGAUUUGUUUAUAUCAUAUAUGUACAUAAAGUGAUGAGGCUGAAUCGAGGGUUACAGUUUCGAACUUAGCUAUAUUAUAUAUAAGGCAUAUCCUUAAGGCCCACGUUGUACACCACAGGCAGCCCUUUAUGGCGAACUGGGGUGGUCACCAAUAUCUGCAAUGCAUAGAUUUGUAUAUAGAAUUAUUGACAUGAAUUUAACUCGUUCGCCAAAAUUAUUAUUAAAUGCUAUGUUGGGCUUUAAAUGUAA